UCCACCGUGAGCCGUUGGGGGGAACGGGAGAGUCGGAACGGCCGCUCACAUCCGUGCGUAAGAUCCGGCCUGGGGGAAAGGGAUGAAUGUUAAUUUCAAAGAUGGCGGCGGAGGGAGGAGGGAAGGAGAUGAACGAAAUUAAAACUCAGUUCACCACUCGGGAAGGCGUCUACAAACUUCUCACUCACUCCGAAUACAGCCGUCCUAAUAGGGUGCCUUUCAAUUCACAAGGCUCCAACCCCGUCAAGGUCUCUUUCGUGAACGUCAACGACCAGUCAGGCAACGGCGACAGGAUCUGUUUCAAUGUGGGCCGUGAGCUCUACUUCUACAUCUACAAAGGCGUUAGAAAGGCCGCUGACUUGAGCAAGCCCAUAGACAAGCGCAUUUACAAGGGAACGCAGCCCACGUGUCAUGACUUCAACCACCUCACAGCUACAGCAGAGAGCGUGUCCUUGCUGGUGGGUUUCUCAGCAGGACAGGUACAGCUCAUUGACCCUAUCAAGAAGGAGACAAGCAAGCUCUUCAAUGAGGAGAGAUUAAUAGACAAGUCCAGAGUAACAUGUGUGAAAUGGGUGCCAGGCUCAGAGAGUCUGUUUCUAGUGUCUCAUGCCAGUGGGAAUAUGUACCUGUACAAUGUGGAGCAUACCUGCGGCACCACAGCGCCACACUACCAGCUACUCAAACAGGGAGAGAAUUACUCUGUGCACACUUGCAAGAGUAAAUCCACGAGGAACCCUCUCCUUAAAUGGACUGUAGGAGAGGGAGCUCUGAAUGAGUUUGCCUUCUCUCCAGAUGGGAAGUUCCUCGCCUGUGUAAGCCAAGACGGCUUCCUACGGGUGUUCAACUUUGAUGCUGUUGAGCUUCACGGCACCAUGAAGAGCUAUUUUGGUGGUUUGUUGUGCGUGUGCUGGAGCCCUGAUGGAAAAUAUAUAGUUGCGGGUGGAGAGGACGAUCUAGUGACUGUGUGGUCGUUCUUGGACUGCAGGGUCAUUGCUCGAGGUCACGGCCACAAGUCGUGGGUGAGUGUGGUGGCUUUUGACCAUUACACCACAAGUGUGGAGGAGAGCGACCCGAUGGAGUUCAGUGGCAGCGAUGAGGACUUCCAGGAUCAGAUGAUCCACUUUGGACGAGACCGGGCCAACAGUACACAGUCUCGACUUUCUAAGCGUAACUCCACAGACAGCCGGCCUGUUAGUGUUACAUACCGGUUUGGCUCAGUGGGGCAGGACACUCAGCUGUGCCUAUGGGACCUCACUGAGGACAUCCUUUUCCCGCAUCUUCCCCUCUCACGGACACGGACACAUACUAAUGUGAUGAAUGCUACCAGCCCUCCUGCAGGUGCUACAAUAAUCACUAACACCUCUAGUAACACUACUAAUGGAAACAACAGUGGUGCCAAUACUCCUGGCAUUAACUCCAUCGCUACUACUUUACCACGUUCCAACAGCCUUCCCCAUUCUGCUGGCACCACAACAACGGCGGCAAACAAUACCAACAAAGCCAGCAGUGGCGGUGGAAUCAGUAGUGGUAUUAUGGACAGCGCCAUCGCUACAGGUGUGAGUAAGUUUGCUACACUGUCACUCCAUGAUCGGAAGGAGCGCCACCACGAGAAGGACCACAAACGCAACCACAGCAUGGGUCACAUCAGCAGCAAGAGUAGCGACAAGCUCAACCUGCUGACAAAAACCAAAACAGACCCUGCCAAGACUCUGGGCACUCUGCUGUGCCCGCGCAUGGAGGACGUGCCCCUCCUCGAGCCCCUCAUCUGUAAAAAAAUAGCACACGAGAGACUGACUGUACUCAUAUUUUUAGAGGACUGUUUAGUGACUGCUUGUCAGGAGGGAUUUAUUUGCACAUGGGCGAGGCCAGGCAAAGUGGGUUUAUUGUCAUCCCAAAACCAAGCCAGCUCUCCCAGUGGAACAGUAGUAUAGCCACAAUAUUUCUGCUGCUAAAGAACCCUGCAACCCAGAGUCUGAUGCUGCUCUUCACCCUGCAAGCAUUGCAAGUUUUCCUUUUCUUUUCUACCCCUCCCUCUCCCAGUUUUGUUAAUGGCUUUUCUGUUGUUUUUUGUUUUAUCACUCACUCGACCUAGAGAAGGAAUGGAACAGGAAAAGGUGUGGUGCAAUUGUGGACUAUUGUGCUUUUGUUCUCGAGUUUUAAUACAUUUUAGAAUUCUUUUUUAAAAUCUUUUU